AUGUCCGAAGCUGUUUUGGCAUUGGGUGGUGUUUUGUGCGGAUGUCAGGCUAAUGUAUUUCUAUUAGAACUCAUCACUGUUGGAUCUCCCAAUACUUUGUAUUUCUUGACCUUUAUGCAAUAUAUUGUUGUUGCGACCUUAUCUUUGCCUUUUAUAUUUUCUUUACGUAUCGCAAAAGAGGAACACCGAUGGAUGCUUGUAAGGUUGCGUCCCAUGCGUAUUUCGUUUUUGCAUAAGUCAAUACUUGCUUCCGCCGCGUGGCUCAUGUCAGUGAGCAGUAACAUGGUAUUUGGUUUACAUAUAUCUGUACCUCUCCAUGCAACAUUUCGUUCUUCUUCACUACUCUUGAAUAUGCUAACUGGCUAUAUUUUUUUGGGGAAGUACUACACGCUUCCACAAAUAUUGUGCGCUGUUAUCAUAUGUGGAGGUCUUAUUGCUCUUGCUGUGGAGAAGUCAAGAAAGUUGCAGAGCACUACUACUACUACUACUACUACUACUACUACUAUGGGGACACUUACAACUGAAGAAUAUUUUUGGUGGGUGUGUGGUCUUCUUAUUUUGACGGCUACAACUGUUUUAUCGACGGGUCUGGGCAUAUUUCAGGAGUAUAUGUACGAGGCUGCCAGACGUAAAGAAAAAGAUAAUCAGAUUAGUGGUAAUGCAUCAACGACAACAAUAAAAAAAGUGGCAUCAACACCAUCAAUAGCAUCAGCAUCAGCAUCAACGUCAUCGUUGUCAUCAUCAUCAUCAUCAUCAUCAUCAUCAUCUUCACCAUCUAUACCCACAUCUCCCCCUAUGUGGGCGGAAGCGCUUUUCUUUUCUCACGUUUUAGCUAUUCCACUCUUUUUUUUUCAACCACAACGUUUGGUUGAAGAAUUUGAGUCUAUAUCUCCUGGAUAUUUUAUUCAUUUUUUUCUAAAUGCAGUUACACAGUUCGUUUGUGUAUUGGGGGUGUAUGUGUUGAAUGAUAAAACUUCAGCAUUCACAUUGAUUCUUAUACUCACAUUGCGUAAAUUAUGUACGUUUGUGCUAUCAGUGGUGUAUUUUGGGCAUUACCGACAUUUUAGUGUUAUUGAAUGGGCGGCAAUGGUUUUUGCUUUAUUAGCGGGCGCAUUCUACCCUCUACUUCCAAAAAGUCAUGCAAAAUCAAUUACUAAAACUGGUGAUCCCCUUAAGAAAAGAGUUUAA